AUGCAACUCAACAGUCGAGACUACGUAGCCCAGUCCACCGUUUGUGCGCUGUUCGCUUGUUUACUGGUCGCGCUUGUUAGUGGUUCCGUUCGGGCGUCCCAGUGCACAAACCCUGCCAACGAAACUGCCCCAUUUGAGGUGCAUCACAACCGCGAUCGACGGUACGUGCUCAGCUUUCCGGUUAACGGUGGUGUGGCGAAAGUGAUUUUCGGUUUCGUCGCACCCGUCCGCUUUCACCACAUGCUCAAGCGCAGUCUGAACCUGGGCAUUAACCUGCAGGCCAACUAUCGCAUCCUGUCGAACAUUAUCUUCCCGCACCCGGACUCGGUGUGGCAGAAUCGCUACAGCGAAGAAACGUACAUCGAUACGGGGCGUCGGCAGCUGUACGAGCUGCUGGAGAAGUUUCUCGGCAGAACGGACGCGAGCCGGAGCAGCAGCCAAAGUGCAAGGGCACGUGCCUGUCUGUUGCGUACGAUAUGCGAGGUGGCCGACUCACCGCUGACCCACAAUGGGAUGGUCGGCGAAAUAUUGGACGUUAUUUUCACGCCUGGCGAUACAGAUGACCUGCCCGACGAGUAUAAAAUGGCCCGGAAGUAUGGCGCUAACGGGGUAAACUGUUCCCGGCUGUAUGAGGCGUGUCCAUUCGGGCAUGGUAUUUUGGACACAAUUACGGCGAUGCAUUGGUGA